AUGGGAGCCAAUGGCUCCGUCCGACGGUCGAAAACAGCAAUGAGUUACUUGAUGAAUGAGUUUAACCGCCUGAAAUCACAUGGCGUUGAUGGAGAGGCGGUGUGGGGAGAGUGGUUUGCGGCAUCCUUGGCGUCACCCAAUGUGAAUGGGGCCUCCCUGCCCCAAGCACAGACCCACGUCGAGGAGCCCGUGCUGACAUUGGCGACGCUACAGCGGCUUGCCACUCCAGAGGACUUGUCCCUGGACUUUCGGCACAUUGCCACGCUCUGGAAGUUAGACUCCAAUCGGGAUGGUGUGGUCACAUUCGAGGAGCUUGUGACUUUUGCAGAAUUCUGCAAUGAGCAGCGGAUGAUGCUUGGCGACCUUGAGCUCUCCCAAAAGCUGAAGGCUCUUUGCGUUAUGGAGAUGAUUACAGAUGUGUGUGAUGAGGACGGUCAAGACGUCUUCGUGGACUGGAUGCUCAAGCUUGUGGCUCAGGACAUGUCCCCUCGGCCAUUUCGCAUGAUGCGAAUACCAGUUGAUGCCCAAGACGCUGGUAGGCCGACCUUCUAUGUCCACAUGGAUGUGGUCAUGAACCUGUACAAUCUGCUGAAGCCUUGCCAAAUAUCAAGCCACACAAACAUGCAAGACUUUGUUGACUUGCUCCACCAGAUUGGAGAGAGCAUGAACCUUCAGCCGCUCAUGAUCAAGGAUCUUGAUGAAUGGGUGCCUCUUGAAGUCGUGUAUCACUGGUUGAAGCGCUUUGUCGCAGCUUUCACGGACCUCUACAAAGAGCUGGGUCUGUGCAUAGAUACAUAA